ACUCGUUGAAUGAUAUAAAGGGUCGGCAUGUCAAUACAGUCUUCACCUUUGGAGCAGUGGCCAUGUCUACGCCUCACCUCUCUCCGCAGACUUCUUCUUCUCACCGAGGAGGCAAAGCAUGGCUUCAUCAUCCUUGUUGUUGAGCUUGCCUCCUGAAGUCAUAAGCAACAUAUUGUUUUUCCUUCCAAUCCAGUCACUCCUUCGCUUCUCACAAACAAACCGGUAUUCCCAUUCGCUGGCCGUAUCAAACCUCCAUACGCUGUCUCUGGGGAUUUAUACAACGCGGAUCGCUGCCAUUAUCAGCUGCCUAUCAGCGACAAAGUAUCCCGAACCGAAGCUCACCACUUCAUCCUUCCCAUCCAGCAUAGGUUGUUCCAGCGAAGUUACGAACACCAAGCGAGAUAAGGAGCCUAAUCUAGAGCCAAAAGAGCACUUUGGAACCAGAGGUCCUUAUAGUGUAGCGAUCGUACUUCAAGAGGCUCAAUGGCUCGAUGCCACCACACUUUUGUUAUUCCAUAAUGCCCUCAUGAAAAGCGUCAUCAUCAGACAUCGGACGGCGUUGCGGAAUGUAGAGUUAUCACUCUGGACUUUGACUGUGCCUAUCGCAAAAUCUUUAUCCGCUCUUCAAGGGCUGCGGACGCUGUCUAUUCGCAUCGAAGCCUUCCCUCAGGUACGUGGGAUGCGUGGUGGGCUAGCGGUGUCCCAACGCCUCGAACAACGCGAAGCUUGGAAUAUCCUCACGGCGGAUGCCGUUUGGGCGCCACGAUUGCACGCUCUUCGCUUAGAGGGAGGUGAAAUUACUUCCACCCAAGUCUCCAGAUUGCUUCGCAGAAGCCGUUGGUGCCGAGAGUUGUGGCUCAGUAAAUGCGCCCUCGUAGACAAAGGAAUCUGGUCUUUCCUGGCAAAUGAAUGGGCAACGGCCAACGCCUCGCUGCGUAUCCUCGGCAUCAUGGAAUGUGGUGGUCAGCUUGACGAGGAAGUUCUCGAACUCAUUGACAGACUCGAAGGCUUGCAGUUCCUAUUUUUGCAAGGGGUCGCUUCUUAUAAUGUGAGCAGCGAGGUUGUCGCGCAGAGAAACGAAACGUACUGGCGUAUCCCGGAGUUCAUCCCCCCGGUUUCUCCCGCCUUCAUGGGGACAGUGAUUGAGGCCGAUCCACUCUAUAUGUAGGCGGAAGGCUACCCUUAAGGGAUUGGUCUAUGCACAUUUUGAGUAAGACAAGAGACUUGUGCAAUCGACACUGACAUAUGGGGCCCACAGUUUCUUCAAGAUCCCUCAUAGCUUGAAGGCUCAGAGUUUGCCUGAUCGGCUUAAUCUCAUUGCCAACCGUUCGUUUAUUCAAGACAGGCCACUUCUCGAGCGUGCAUUCCUUCAUG